CGGAGCCAUAUGAGGUGAACCUGCUGUACUCGCGGUCACCGUAGAUGCAUUGUGGUGGUCAGCUAACUGUGGCUUAUACUCGUACGAUGAUAUCAGCUAGUUUGCUGACUAGCUCGCUAACUUAGUUUGUUACCGCAGUCUUCGCUGUGUUUAGGUAGCUAGGUGUCUGACAAGGCCGAUGUUGCUGGUGGAGGAGGGGAUGAAUUUAUGGUUUUCCAUCAUGUCGAAAUCGUUCCGUUAUUUUUAGCUAGCACACCAGGCUAGCGCAGCUAAUAGCGGCAAGCAAAGCGUGACUAAUCUGUCUGUUGUUUCAAAAGCAAUGCAAAUGGAGCAGUGGCAGGACGCGGCCUCUCGGCAGGUCAAGCUGGUUACAGAUCGUUUGAAUGAACUGUUGUCCAAAGGCCUGGAUCUGCUGCGGUCCGAGCUCGGCGUGGAUUUGGGACUGAAGCCUGAGCUUAUUCCGCCAUGGGUGAUCUUCUUAGCGGCAUGUACCGGGCUGGUGCUGAUGGUCGCUCUAUGGGCCUCAGUCUGCCGGUCUCUUUUCAAGAAACGACCCGCCGUAAGCUCUGUGGACGACGGCAUUGAAAUAAAGCGCGGUGUCAGUAAACCUGUCAAAACCGAGGAACCGAAGAAAAAGAAGAAGAAAGCAGAAAAGAAAUCCCAACCAAAUGGGAGAGCUGUUGCUGAACCACAGGAAGAGGCUGUAGUCUCGGAAGAGAUAGUGCCACAUCACCAGCCGCCGCCACCACCAGAAGCCAAGGCUGAAAAGGUUGCAGAGGGAAAGAAGUCCAAGAAGAAGGCCAAACAGGCUGUGAAAGAGACCAAGACAGUGACUGCAGAGGGCAAAGAACCAGAAGAAGGCACGUGGGAAACCAAGGUAAGCAACAAGGAGAGGCGUGAACAACGCAAGAAGGACAAAAGUUCUAGUGAUGGCUCAGCCAGUCCUGGUGGAGGGGACACACCAGUGAACAAUCCCCCAGAGCCGCCUAAGGCCUCUGCACCCCCUGCACCUGCAAGCCAGAAGAAGAAAAAAGGAGAAUCCACAAAAGUGAAGGCAGAGAAGGUGGAGGCUGUGGUAUCUCAAGUUAACAGCAGAGAGGUGGCAGCAGUGACUGCUGGUGUGACUGACAUGGCAGUCAAGGUUUCUGCUCACAGCGUUGCUCCGAAGACAGGCCCCUGGACGACCAGUAGAGAACCCGUAUCACUGUGGAGAGCAGAGAUCGAUGAGUCAUGGACUGUGAUUGACAGGGCUGUGCCCACAGCAAAUAUGUCUUUCACUGGACUGGGAGUUGGUACUGCUGAGCCCCACCCUGUGAGCGACCUGCCCUGGCUCAGUCAGCCCAGAGUGGACGAUGAGUGGUCUGGGCUCAAUGGUGGUUCAGUCGACCCCAGCUCUGACUGGAACGCCCCCUCUGAAGCCUGGGGUAACUAUGAAGAACCCACUCCCGAGCCCCCUCCUGCUCAGGAGCAGCCACUGCCUGAGCCUGCCAAGGAGAAUGAUGAGGAUGAAAAGGACAAGGGAGAGACUGCUUCUGAUGGAGCUGCAAAAACGAAAAAGAAGAAAAAGAAGAAGAAGAAAUCUGCUGAGGAGGGAGGAGCAACUGGCCAGGGCGAGGAGCCAGAGAAGGAGGCAGCACCUGCAGCGUCAGUGAAGAAGCAGCCACCUGUUCAGGAGAAUGUCGCUGCCAUCCAGCCUGUCAAAACAGCAGCUGUUGAGGCGAGAGUGGAGCGACCAGUGAAGGACAACAUAUCCCCAAAACCCCCCGUCACACAAGUGCCACAGAAGUCCACUGAUGGAGAGCCCACUGCCAAGCAGAACAGCCUUCCUGCUCCAAGUCAACAAAAAAAACCUGAGGAGAGCCAAGCGCCCAAACCAGCAAAGAAGAAGAAGGCAAGGAGAGAGACAUGAGAUCGAGUCCAGUCUGCAGAUCUCUGUAUGCAAAAGACUUCAUAUCCUGUUUAUGCAACACCUUUUGUGACAAGAACUUUGAAUUGAGGUCUUCAUGAUGAACUUACCUUCAAACCUGUCUGGAAAAUGAAAACAACUUUUAUACACGUCGAGUGUCAGUCGGUGGCUCAUUGAAAACUGAACCUAGAUGCAGUGCAAUCUAAUAUGAUGCGGUGUUAAUGAUUUUUACGUAUGCAUUUGAUACUGAUUCUGUCCUCUAAUUCUACUGAAUCAAGUAACUGAUUGAAGGAGCUGUAUUGUAGUAAAUAGACAUGUAGAAAAUACUGAUCAUAUGUAGAAAACUGAUGAUGUGGUGGCUAACGACUGGACUUUCCGGUGCAGAGAAUGGAAACGGUCAGCAUGCAUCAGGUCACACAGCGCUGGGCCGUAAUGUUGAACCGACCUUUGCUUUGCAGUCUUUUAUUUUGCUCUGACUUUUGUGAGCCAUGAUGGUACAGUGAGCACCGAUGGGUGAAAAGAGAUGAGAGAUCAGGUGUUUGCUUCACGCCAUGGCUCAGUAGAGUGUAAACAUUUGUGACAUAAACGAGACAUGAGCAUCAUUAGGCGCAGAAAAGGGAACCGUGUCUGCUCUGUAUUUUUAGCAUCAUAAUGUGUGACUACAACAUUUCAUCGACUCAGUCCAUCUGAUUUGUCCCUUGUCUGACGUCGUACUGCGGUGUUUCCUUGCUGUUUUUACUGCCUGUGGCUGGAGCCGUGUGGGGAGCCUCUGAUCGUAGAGGUACCAUUGCGGUGUCAUCAACCUCUUCAUCGUUUUCCACCUGUGGUUGAUUUGGAAGUCUUCAGAACCUUUUGUAAAACCUGUUUGUAAUAAAAGAAAAGCUUAAGCCAUAUGUAAAAAGACUAAAUAAAGGCCAGUUUUUCUAUA